GAUAAUCAAAUAAUUUUGACAACAAAACGACGACGACAACAACAACAACAACAACAAAAUCAUCAACAACCGAUCUGACAAUGAUGGAUGCUGAUAGUUCAACGGCCGAAUUUGGUCUAAAAUCAAAAAAGAAACAUCAUCAUCAUCAUCAUAAUAAUAAUUCGUUGAUGAUAAAAAUUGAACCACGAUCAACAGCAAUAACAUUGGCAACACAACAACAACAACAACAACAACUAUUGUUGAUGGAUGGAACAUUGAAUAUUAUGGAUUCAAAUACAUCGAAUAUCCAAACAACAACAACAACAACAAUGAAUGAUGAUACAAAAUCUGGUCAAACAAAUCAGGUCAGUACAACAACCGGUCUAUUACCGAAUGAAAUGAAAUCCAAUCAAUUAUCAUCAAAUCGUUCAAAUAAUCGAUCACAAACAACAACAACAACAACAAAUGCAUCAUCACCAUCAUCAAAAUCACGAUCAUUGUCCAAUACACGUGAACGAUGGAGUAAUAAUCUAAAAUCACGACAACAAAAUGUAAAUGGUGCUUUUGGUGAACUACGUAAAUUGGUGCCAACAUAUCCACCAGAUAAAAAAUUGAGUAAAAAUGAAAUACUACGUUUAGCCAUCAAAUAUAUCCGAUUAUUAUCGAAUGUUUUAGAAUAUCAGAAACAACAACAAGAUGAACAAGAAGAUGAUGAUGAAAACAAUCAUGAAAUUGAUAUCGAUACAUCGAUUAUUAUUAAUAACCAUAAUAAUUUUAGACAUCAAUCACCAAUACCGCUAUCAUUAUUAUCAAAUGGAAUGAUAAUGAAUAAUAUUAAUGUCACCGCUUUGAAUAAUCAUCAUUACAAUCAUCGAUGUUUCACCAUAAAAUAUGAUACAAACGAAAUAAUUUCAUCAAAAAUAAUGACGAUAAAAUUAGAAUAUUGA